AUGGCUGAAGAGACUGUUACAUAUUCAAAAUGUGUUGAACUGAUUUCCAUAAUCAUAGGAUGCGAUUCAGAGGCUACAUUAUUCAAUAACUUGAAGGAAUUUCAUUACUUAGUCAAAUCAGAAAUCUCGAACUCUUUUUUCCCACAACUGUUUAUACGAGAUCAUGGGUUUAUCGCAAUCAAAAAGGCUUUGGUAAAAUUAACAUUUCAUUCAUUCCAAAGCUUAGAAAUUUUUGAAUGCUGCUUGCAAAUUUUGAGCAUCGCUACCUCGUAUAGCAUGUUGCGUUCAUGGCUCUUGUCUAGAAAACGCAUAGCUACAUGGCUUGAGUUUGCUGUGCAAAACCUACUCUCGUCUUUCGAAAAAAAUAAUGAAGCAUCUCCUUCUUUAAGCAAGAAUUCUCUUGAAGUAGAGCAGAAAAAUUUAGAUACUUCAGGUGGAUCGGAAAGAAGCAGUUUGACAUCUGGUUACAGAAAGAAUGAAUUGAAUUUCCCUGAUUCCAAUUUAAAAGACACCCCUAGUACCUACUUGAAGUGCAGACUUAUGCUAUCAAUCUUAGCAUUUUCCCUGAAUGACUGUUUUUUAGCAACUAAAGAUACUUCUUUAUUUACAAGCAGAACAAACUUUUCGCCAUCCAAACUAUUUGAUUCGGUAGAAUCGUGCUUGCAAAAUCUCUCCGGUAAGUACCUGGCUUUUGUUGAUGUUCUCCCCCAAAUAUUUUCCCUGUGUCCAUCAGUAUCCAUUUUUAACUUGCUUUUGAUUCAUCUGCAGCGAUUGGUAAAUUACUCUCCGGAGAAUGCCAUUAAGCUAUCUUCCUCAAGGGUGAUGGAUGAUUUGUUGGAUUAUUUAUUUAAUCCUCCUAAUAAUUACCCAAUACCAGAUUCUAUGAAAGAUUUGCUUUUUGAUAUUACAUUAAAUUGUGCGACUUAUGGAUUGUCAAAUAAUAAUACUUCAAAAAUUUUGAAUACAUAUAUCAAUAGAAAGUCUCCUUUGGCACGGCGAUGGUUUACGAAAGCUUUAUCAAAGCCAGUAGCUCCAGCUUUGUAUUUCAACCCUCUCGUGAAAGGUUACUCCUCUAUUGACUUCACCUUGAGCACCCCUAUCAAUCCCAACACAGGAUACUCAAUUUCUUUAUGGCUACAUUCCAAAUGCUUAACUGACGAUAAUGUCAACAAAAGAUCUGUCCCGACAACAUUAUUUUUGGUCACCGAUUUUUUGAAAUCUCCCUUGUUACGCGUGAUGGUUGAUCCAUCGACAAAUUCGAUUAGCGUGCAUUUUGGUUCAUAUGCUACAAACAAAGAUGCGUGUAUUAUCAAAUUUUGUACUCCUUUGACAGCAUCUUCCUCAAAAAGUAGUAAUGUUAAAUCAUCUACAUGGCGAUUGAUUACUCUUGUUCAUAGAAACGAAAAAUCGUCUUCUACAAUCGAUUUGUACAUUGAUGGAACAUUCGUCGAAAGUGCACCCUCUUCAUAUCCUUUCAUUCCGUCUUUACUUCAACCUCUAUAUAUUUCUCUAGGCCCUUCGAUGGGGUCUAAAGAUUUGGUUCAAAUGCCUCCGGAUAACCAUGGGCAUAUAAAUGGUUCAUUGAAAAGUGGCAUAUUUGAAAAGAGCAAUCCAACUACUGAAUCAUCUGUUAGCUUAUUACCACUGCUGAUUGGAACUACUAGGUUUUUCACGGAAUCGUUACUUUCUUCUCAAAUCGCUGUCAUUUAUGCUUUAGGUCCCAACUAUACUGGAUCUUUUCAAGGAUCCAUAAAUGACUUUUUAACUUAUAGAGCAUCUUCGGAAUUAAGCAUGGAAGUUCAAGCUUUAAAUUUGAGUGCAGAAGGGGUUCUGAAAAAUAUGAAAAGUAUUUCGUCUUCUACUAUAGCUUUCACGGCUUCUGCCAAAAGCUAUGUUUAUAUUAACGACCCAUGCUUAUCUGGUUUCAGCUCUUUUAGCAUUUUGGACACACUGAAGGACUUGCAAGAUCAGUUCUACUCCUAUGUAUAUAUAAACAGGGCAUCUCCAUCAUAUGAUCAAAUCUUUUCAAUGGACAAACCUAGUUUUGGAGUUUCGUCGGGCUCUGUUACCCCAAUUGUCAUGCCAUCUUUGAGCGAUGCUUUAUACAACGUUGGUGGUUCUAGUAUAUCAAUAAAUCUAAUUUCGAUUGCUGAAACUAUAGAAGAGCUCAAUUUUGGGCUACUAUUUUAUCUUUCAGCUAUUGAAGACAACUGGCGCUUUUCAGAACAGGUAGAGCAAGGCCAUGCCUAUGAAAUUCUAGCUAAAGUCCUUCACACAAAGUCCCAUCUUUUAAGUUCCGAGGAAACUCUCCGAUUAAUAUCUUCCAAAGCUGGCGUUCAUCAUGAGCGUUCUAAACAUCCAUUCAUUUUAAAUCCCCUUCUUUUUCGCUAUCUUAUACUUGAUUUUGACCUUUGGUCUAAAGCUCGAGAUAGUCAUUCGGUAAUUCAACAGUUAAGCUAUAUUGUGUCUCUCAUCGAGAACAAUGAGUAUUCCAAUAUAAAUAUAAAGCGACUUAUGAAGAUGCAAGUUUUGAAGAAGCUUCUUGCUGCAAUGAGAGCUCGCUUGUUUCGUUUGGAUGUUCUUCCCCUUUUAAAAGUUGUGCUGAAGGUGCUGUUAGCUACUUCUUUUGUUUCAGAAAAUGUUAGGGCAAUUGUAACCUAUAUUAUAUAUGCAGCCUUUGCUACAAAAAGAAAUACUCGAACAAAUCGACUUUCAAACGCUUCUUUGAACCCUAAAAGACCUGAAGAGGCAAUUGAGUAUUUGGAUAUAAGAGAGUCGGGCCACGCGGUUUGUGAAGUUUUUGUGAGUCUGUUAAUAGAGAGUAAUCAAGAGCCAUCUUUUCUUCGACGUUUUUCUUCCAUGAUUACUCCAGCAUGGUUACUAUUCCUCAUAAGGCAAACUGAUAGUCAUUAUUUUCUAUUUGGUCUAAGGUUACUAAAUCAGUCCGUUUGUAGUUUAGGAUCCAGCUUCAUAUCAAAGUUCUCGCAAAAGUUUCAUGGAUUUUUGGUUUUGAAAAAUAGCUUACCUCAGCAACUUCAUAUCGAAGAGGUUUGGUUGAAUUUAGUUCAGUUAGCUUUAGGCGUUGGUACUAGAGGGAUAGAAUUCAAACCUGACUGUUCAUUUGAAGAAAAGCUGAAUUAUAUGCUUUGGAAUUAUAAAGAUCGAAUUUUCCCUGUUCCGGAAGUGAUAGUGAUAUUACUGGAUUCUAUUUAUACGUUGCUAAGGAAUUCGAGUCUUCCUGAAGCGGAUGUACAAAUGACUGAAUCUUUGUAUUACGGUCAGCAAACGUUGCUUCUUUUAACUGACGCUCAAAUUUCUUAUUCCCUUGAUAUAAGUUUGGGUUUUGAUAUCAAUGAACACAUAGUUCGAAUGGUGUUUCCCUUUUUUUCACCCAAAGAAGACGUAGCUCCCGAACAAGAAAUCCGAGAGUUGAUGGAGAGCGUCCGUCACCCACUGCCUCGUAGUUCAUCUUCGAAAGCGUUCAGCCAAGGCAUAAGAAGGUCAGUUAGAAAGAUGUCUGCAAGUGGUUCAAAUAGACGGGUAGUGACUUCAUUUACCAAUCGCGUUCGACAAGAAGCAUUUAAUGAACAGUUAAAUACCGAUAGUAUUCAGCCUAGCACGCAACCAAAAUUUAAUACUACUAUAUUUUUGGAAAAUACCGUUAUUGAUGGGGCUAAGUCAAAGAAGCUGAUUAAUGAACUUUUUAUUUCUGUUUUAACUACCGCUUAUGAUCGAAUCGUCGCUGGUCAGGGAUUUAGCUUUUCCAAAUUGAUUAUUUCUUUGCCUUCUAGUACAAAGACGAAAAAGGCUUCAUUCGUUCGGAUUGCAUUUCAUUCAAUUCUUCAACAGCUCAUUAAAUCAGUCAAGGAUGAUAAGACGUUUCUAAAGAAUCCACAUGUAUUAAUUAACUUCAGCUAUAUGUUUACGAAAUAUUUAAGGAUAAGAAUUGUUGGGUUUAUGGACGAAUUCUGUUUUAACAUUAUAGACGAUAUUGGGUACCUACUUGAAGAGCUUGAAUUUGCAGAGAACCAACUGGAUUUUUCCUCUAAGAAUACUAAAUAUGCAAUUUGCAAUUUGUUCGGUUGCUUUUUGAGAUUGAUUCUAUUAGAGCUUGAUAGGACUAAAGAAAAAGGUGAUGAAGCUACCAUGGAGAAUGUAAUGAUGAAGAUACUAUAUUGGCAAACACCUUUGCUUGCUUCUAAGAAUCAUCAGCCAGAGCUUUUUUCGUUACUUUGGUAUAGUAUGUAUAUGGUGUUGAAAUCCGGUAACGAAAGGGCUCGUUUAAGCGCUGUCGAUAUUUGGCGUUUAUUAUACAUUCAGUCUCCAAAUUAUUUGAAUCAAGUGAACAAAGGUUUUAGAAUGGAAUUUCCGUUUAGUCGAGAUAUGCAAACCAUCACUGGAUUACAGUCUGACCAGUUUCUUUCCUGGUUACAGGAUAAUAUUUCCGAAGCUGAUGAAUUUAUGCAAACAUGCUUCUCUUUUCAAUUUGAAAAUUUCUUAAAACAAGAACACAAGGCUGCUGAAGAUGAAAUGACGUCUUUAAAGUUGUUACGCUUAGAGUUUCUGAAAAAGAGUUUGACAAUAGCUUCAAGCGAACAAAAUCUCCUUAAUGAGAUGUCGCAUUCUUACGAGGCUUGGAUUUCAAGUCUGUACUCUUUGGAAUGCAGCCGGUUUCGAAAGAUAUUCCAGGACCAAUCGGAUCAAGAGAAUUUUGUAAUGUCUGCUUUAUUUUCUAAUCAGGCUGAAUUAGCUGGUGAAAAUUCAGUCCUUUCUUUAAGCCCAGCAUCAUGGGAAUUAGAUUCUACUGAAGGAUCAGAAAGAAUGAGGAGUCGUUUAAGACCUUGCAUCACUCCCCCUAAAGAAAUCAACUCGGAGCAGGAAUCUGAACAAAAAUCGUCAUUUGUUACAGGAAAUCGGAGCUUCCACGGUUCUGUGAACUCUGAAGUUCCCCUUCGCACACAAGGGAAAGAGGCUAUCACACUAAUGGUUCCAUAUAAUGAGGAUACUUUACAUGAUUCGGAAGCUACUUCCACGAACGAAUCAACAUUUGGUAAGGAAGAUGAAGACGAUACAUUUGAGGAGGACAAAGAAGAUAAAAAUAGAACUGUAAUGCGCUCCAUUAUGCCAGGAGAUACUAUACAAGACGCAUAUAAUGUUUCUAGGAUAUUUGGGUUGGAAGCUAUGGAAGGUAUUUUACUGUUAGGAAAACAAUAUCUUUAUUUGAUGGAUAACUUUUUCUUGCGAUCAGAUAAUGAAAUUGUUGAUAUAAACGACAGCAGCGUGACUGAUGAAAAAGACCCGUAUCUACAGCUUCUUAAUAUGCAAUCAUUGAAUUCUUCGAGAAACACACUUCCUGUCAUUUCUAGAGAAAGUAGCUGGUAUUGGAACUUCUCAGACUUGUCUUUGGUGCUAAAACGAUUCUAUCUGUUAAGAGAUGUAGGAAUUGAGCUUUUUUUCAAAGACGGAAGAAGCUUUUUGACCAUACUUUCCACAACUAAAAAUCGAGAUGCACUAUAUCAAAAACUGAUAGCAAAGGCACAUGGUGCGGAUGUGCUUUCAACAAGUCAUCUGGCUACAUCAAUGAGUCGUGAUCUUGGGAAAGCUACUAACAGAACGAAUUUUAUAGGGACGAAGUUAGCAAAUGUUCUAUCUUUUAAUAGUGGCCAUCCGGCCACCAAAAGAUGGGAAAGGCACGAAAUAUCUAACUUCAAUUAUUUGCAAAUCGUGAACACGCUUGCGGGCCGCACAUAUAAUGACUUGACCCAAUAUCCCGUUUUUCCUUGGGUCAUUGCUGAUUAUACUAGCGAAGAACUAGAUCUAAGCAAUCCUAGAACAUUCAGAGACUUGUCAAAGCCAAUGGGUGCGCAAUACCCUCCCAGAGAAUCCCAGUUUAAGGAGCGUUACGAUUUAUUAUUAAGCUUGGGUGAUUUGCAACAAAAGCCUUUUCAUUAUGGUACUCACUAUUCGUCUGCUAUGAUUGUCUGCUCCUAUUUGAUACGCUUACGACCUUUUGUAAAUUCUUAUCUUGCGCUACAGGGAGGACAAUUUGAUCACGCAGAUAGGUUAUUCUACUCAAUCGAACAAACCUGGAAUUCUUCAUCUAAGGAAAACAUGGCGGAUGUAAGGGAGUUAAUUCCUGAAUUUUAUUAUCUUAGUGAAAUGUUUGUUAAUGGUAAUGGGUUUGACUUUGGGUCGAGGCAGAAUGAAACGGAGCCGAUAAACGAUGUCAUCCUGCCACCAUGGGCAAAAGGCGAUCCGGCUAUUUUCGUCCAAAAAAAUCGUGAAGCUCUCGAAAGUAAAUAUGCUAGUUCACACCUCCAUGAAUGGAUUGAUUUAGUGUUCGGUUAUAAGCAACGAGGCGAGGAAGCAGUUGAAUCAACAAACGUUUUCCAUAAUCUUUCAUAUCAAGGGUCAGUCGAUCUCGAAGAUAUUGAGAAUGAGUUUGAACUUGCAGCAGCAGUGGGAAUUAUUCACAAUUUUGGGCAAACCCCUAAGCAGGUUUUCAAAAGGCCACAUCCUCCUCGCGGACCGGAUUUCACAGAUACACCUUUGGGUCCUUACUUAUUUGGACGGUUUGAGAAAAAUAUGGGCUUGUUAUUCCAAAGUGCUUCACCCGUUAUUGAAAUAUCGAAAAAAAUUGUUCAUAUGCUGUAUGACCCAACAAAAGAUACUCUUCGUGCCUUUUCUCCCGGCUUUGUUCCUUUGUCUUCAUAUUCCACUUUGAUAUGGGGUGGCGUAAAUAAUGAUGUUGAAUUGAUUAUGGAACAAACUGAUUCUAAACUGGUUGUCUUUGAAGAGUUGCAUUCAGAUAAGAUUACACACUUAUUAGGAUGUGAUGAAAGAACUUUUCUUACCGCGUCCUAUGAUUUAACCCUUCGUUUAUGGCAACUAUCUGACUCGAAGCCUGCACGGCUAUCUUUGAAAAAGGUUUUAUAUGGCCAUAGAGCAAAAAUAACUUCGGUAUCUGUAUGUAAAGCGUUCAGUAUUAUCGUUAGUGGUGAUGAAUCGGGAUCUUUAAUGAUAUGGGAUUUAAAUCGUGCAGAAUUUGUGCGAUCGGUUCGUGUUUAUGGGCAAUCAAUACAAACUAUUUCCGUGAAUGCAAGGAAUGGAGAAAUUGCUUUUACUUCUGGCUGUUGCUGCUGUAUUAUAGAUAUAAAUGGAAAAAUUCUUGUAAAGGAUACUCUAAGCCGAAUCUAUAAUUCGAAUUUAAAUGAGGAUAUAUGCUCUUUAAGCUUCUAUACUGGUGCAAAUUCGGAAUGGUUGAAUAAAGAUUUGUUUUUUACUGGUCACGAGGAUGGCAUUGUACGUAUUUGGGAGAAAAGGCUUGAGUCCAAAGCGAUAUUGGAAUCAAAAGACGUUUUAGAUAAGCCGAAAUGGCGCCUGCAUCUUGUCCGUCAACUUCAACAUAAGAGUGGUUUUGGUCGCAACAAAAUUCCCACUCGCCAGACUAUCACCUGCAUUACAUGUAGCGGUCAAGCUCGUGGUAUAUUUACUGGAGAUAAUCUUGGUCAAGUUCAUGCUUGGAUGCUACCAGAUACCACUUCCAACGUACACGUUGAACGUGAUGCAACUAAUGAUCUUUGUUCAUUAUGCGACGCUCGGUUUUCCUUAAUGGAGUGGAGAAGUCAAUGCCGUGCAUGCGGAAACUCCAACGUAUGCAGCGAUUGCAUUUCUACCUUGAAAGAUACUAAUAUCAAGACUUGCUAUGAAUGCUAUAGACAAUUGCCUUCAUACUAUAAGGGCUGA